AUCCAUUAGGUAUUCGAUUUGUAACAGUUUUAUGAAUUUUCUACUUAGCGGAUGAUUGUAAUAUUUGUGUAAACUUGAGCCUGUUAUACUUUCCCAGAAAUCAAAUAGUUACAGUGAUUUAAUAUACGUUUUUAACUCUCCGACUGUGAAGUCAACAGCAAAGUGACGUAGUGAGAGAUGCGUAAAUCCUCUGCGAAUUAAAAGUGGGAAUUAAAAUUAACAAACGAGCCUAUUCCACGUUUACGCAAUGACCAGUUCUGCACAAAUGUCGUGAAACAUUUGAAUCGCACUCGUGCUAUUCGAUGGAAGUUGGAAACGCUUUGUCCGUUCUGCAUUUUCAUUCCAGUCAUCCGUCUUGGUGGAUCUUAUUUACAAACUUGAAAGGUGGGAAUUCCCGUGGUAACACCGGUGAAAUUAAACUUGGUGAUACAGCGAGUCACAGUGUGUUAGAAUUAAAAUUGCAUCGAAGAUGCAGUCGACUUGCCCGCAACAACAACAGCAGCCCCAAAAUGUGUCUUCGGCAAGCCGUACGUCGUUUUCGAUCGACGAUAUUCUCAGUAGAAGCAACGUUCCUCCACACAGUCAUCAUCAGCUCCAUCAUCAUCUGCCUCAUCCUCAACAGCACCAUUAUCAACAAUUUGCCAGUCUUUUACCUGGUUAUCCGUCCGCUCCACCAGCGGCGGCUUUUUUUCUCGGGCCGCUUUUUGGCGGCGCGGGGGUUGGUGUUGGCGUGGGUGUGGUUCCUGGGAUGAAUGAUCUCGCAGCAUUGAAACACUGCCGACGGCGGAAAGCCCGAACGGUAUUCAGCGAUCAGCAAUUAGCCGGCCUAGAAGCCAGAUUCGAGGUCCAGAGGUACCUUAGCACUCCGGAGCGAGUUGAAUUAGCCGCGGCGUUGCACCUGUCCGAAACACAGGUGAAAACGUGGUUCCAGAACCGUCGGAUGAAGCACAAAAAGCAAUUAAGAAAAAUGAAUACCAAUUCUGGUACGAACGGUAGUCAAUCUUCGGGUCAACAGCAGCAAUGCGGAAAUCAAGCUUUAUCGACGACGUCGCCUGCUGAACGUCCUGUCGACUUUUCUUUGGGCGGAGGGCGAGACUCGAGGGCGAGCAGCGACGCCCCUGACUCGGACGAAGACGAAAUCGACGUUCUUGGUGACGAAACGCCAUCGCCGACGGGUCAGAUUCUUCACCUGCAGACAUCGCGCCAUGUUUCGUCUCCCCCCAAUUUCCUGCAACCGCCCCAUCCCCAUUCCGUUAAUCUAGCCAGCUCUCAUCAGGUACAUCACAGUCAGCAGCUCCAGCAUCAGCAGCAUCGCUGAGAACCGUUCGCCCUGCCAUAAAUUGAUUGGCGUCGGACCUUAUUAAGAGAAUCACAAGAGACCACCAGCUACUCCAUUCAGGCUAAGGUCGAUGAUUGCUUCUCAAUUAUAGAAACUCGGUGUUAUAAGAUCAAAGGAGAACGUCACGUUGAAAUUCUCUCGAGGAGACUACGCCCUGCAAAGAUGACCGACCUUUUAACGAGGUGCUCGUUACACUAGAAAGAUGUAAUAUACAUACCUAUGUAAGUAGUGAUUGACGAGUAUUUUCCAUUUUACCAUAGUAGACCUAGAUGAUGAGGUCCUAGAGGGCGUAGCUCAAUUGUCAGUACCUACGACAUCGUACAGCUUAAUUCAAAGAGGUAUAGUAACUACCGCAAAACGUGAUAGACACAGACAUACCUAUGUAUAAUUUGAAAUUUAGUAUAAUUGAACAUUUUUCAAUAUCGUACACAAUGUCAAGUGAU